CCCGUCCCGUCCCGUCCCGUCCCUGCCCCGGGUGCCGGGGGUCAUCCCCAUGGCGGCGGCAGCGCUGCUGCUGCGGACGGCGGGCCGAGCACUGCUGGAUCGUGCCGCUCCUCUGCCUCGCGCCGAGCGGGGCAUUAGCGGCUGCGGMGGGGCACUCUGGGCGCCGGCGCGGCCCGGCCUCCCCGUGCCGCUCUCCUCGCCACUGGCAGGGCUCUCCCGGACCAUUCGCAUCAAGGAGCCACCCAAGCGCAAGCCGGUGGAUCGGUGGACGAAGAAGCGGGCCUUGUUUGGGGUCUAUGAUAACGUGGGGAUCCUGGGCGGUUUCCAGAUCCAUCCGAAGAAUCUCAUCAUGGGGCCCACUUGGCUGCGAGGCUGGCGGGGUAACGAGCUGCAGAGGUGCAUCCGCAAGAAGCAGAUGGUGGGCGAUCGGAUGUUUGUAGAGGACUAUCAUAAACUGAACAAGAGGAUCCGGUACUUGUACAAGCGCUUCAAUCGCACCGGGAAGCACCGCUAGGAAACCUCUUGGUUCAUUCAGCAUGUGGAGUGUGGUUUCAUGGCAUUGCAGUCAGAAUAAACCUGCUUUUACAUGA